AUGCUUGUCGAUGUGUUGGCAGUACAGCACUUUUUGGGGCCUCUAGAAGCUCGCACGGACCUGCGGGGAGCCGACGUAUUCAGUGACGCUGUAUCAGCCUUGAAAGCCUUCGAGAAGUUUCACAAAGAACACUGCGGGCCACGGGAGCCAGCCACUCCUACUCCUCAGGCUGCAUGCCUGGAGAGGCUAGAAGCGUCGCUUGCUCACCAUGCAGCAAACGGGGGACCGGCGAAUGUUGCGCAACAGCUUCUGCCUAUUCUCAGUCUUUCGUGUCGCUACAGAGACCAGAUGGACCACUGGCUCUCUGCGGGCCCUGAAGAACUGGAGAGUCUCUCCUUUUUCCUGGGCCGUGCUAUUAUCAUCGGUUCCCCCGCAGCAAGUCUCGUGUAUGCAGACGAGGGAAAAGAGGAGGGCUCGAAACAACAGGAGCAACAACAGCAGGGCCAGCAGCAGGAGCCACAACAGCAGCAACAGCAACCGCAACAGCAGCAACCGCAACAGCCACCAAAUCCAAACUUACCACCUAAUGAGUUCGCGCUGUACAAGCUUCAGCGAGACCUUGCUCUUUUACCAGAGUUAGCUGUGGAGUUGCAUACUGGACCUGAGGAAACCCCAAGUCAUAUAUCUCCGUCUUUGCAGAUGAAUGCAUUGGAUGUUCAGACAGCUGAGGACCUUCGCCCGUUCAUGCCUGAAGACUUCUCCGUAAGUACUGACAUGGAAUCCACUGGAGGUGUACAGCAGGCUGGCGAUGGCAACAGGAGAAGCCCGCGAAACAGUAGGAAGAGAGAUAUGGGUGGAAACACAGACAAGGAACACGACGGAAACGGCGAUCAUCUUGGGGACUGUGUGCAUAGAAAGUCGGCCCCUGUAAGCAUCUGGCUGGAGAAUCUCAGAACGUUUUGCAUAAACUCAAAAGAUCCAGCAGGUGCAGAUGCUUGCAGUGUAUUGAAGCGGUGGCUAUUUGGGCCAGAAGAACAACAGGGACCCCAGGCGGACACAGAAAACCCUAUGAAAUCAAGAGCAGCACUACCUGCACUCAUUCGUGUUGCAGAGUGGAACAUGCAGAAACCUAAGACGACACUCAACAUCCCUGAACUGGAUAUUGCUCUCGAGCCGCCCCAUUUGAGGCCAGGUGCAACUGGCCGAGACGAGAUGGAGAAGGCUCAAGCCUUCAAUCUAGUUGGAGCUAUUUACGCAGGAAGAGGGACGGUGAGACAUCAGCGGCCUUCUGAACGUGCAGCGUGGAAGCGGAUAUCUUCCGCUCUAAAGGUACUGAGGGACGUAGAGUGCAGCGAUCUUCUUGGGUAA